AUGUCAGAUAUCACAAUCAGGCUCAAAUCUCCCAAGGAUGAGAAGUCUAUAAAAAUUAAGGAAGAUGCAACAAUAAAAGAGUUGAGAGCUGAGGCCGCAAAGGCAUAUUCUGCCGAUGAGAGCCGCGUCUGUCUGAUUUUUGCUGGAAAAAUCUUGAAGGAUGAGGACACAUUAUCUCAGCACAAGCUUAAAGAUAACCUUGUGGUUCACAUCGUUAUUAAGCGGGCCUCUUCACCUUUUUUCUUCCUUUGUCCAGGAGGAGGCAACCUUUUCUCCUCGAUGCAGCAGAAUAUGCAGCGUCAGGUCCUCCAGAAUCCGGAGCUGCUCAGAACCAUGGUUGAGAGUCCGCUUGUUCAAUCCCUCAUGAGUAAUCCCGAAGUUAUGCGCAGUAUUAUGCAGGCUAAUCCACAGAUGAGGCAACUCAUGGAGCGAAAUCCCGAGCUUAAUCGGAUGCUUAACAAUCCGGAGGUUUUGCGCCAGUCCAUGGAAAUUGCUUCUAAUCCAGCCAUGAUGCAAGAGCUGAUGCGCUCCUACGAUCGCGCUGUGCUCAACAUGGAAUCUAUGCCCGGUGGUAGCAGUCAUUUACAGAACAUCUUUGAGGACAUCCAGGAACCCAUGAUGAACGCCAUGUCUUCCAUGGUUGGCGGUGGCGGUCAAGAGGAGUCUUCGGGCAAUCCUUUCGCCGACCUUGCUGGUACCGUCUUCUUUAGCUUCAACCGAAAAGCAUAUUUUUUUAAUGAUAAUGAUAAAAACCCCAAAUCUUCCUCCUCCUCCUCACCACCACCACCACCACCACCACCACCACCACCACCACCACCACCAUCA